AUGACUCGAGCCCGGCCUCCCUCUCCACUCCAGAGCGCGCACCGCGCACCGCCUCGCCGGCCUCGGCCCUGGCUCCCGCUGCAGCGCAAGUUCAGUCAGGGAUACGAGCGGGAAGGGGCUGAGGCGAGGGCGAGGCCUCGGCUGGGCUGGGAUGGCCGCGGCCGCAGCCGCAGCCGGCGGCGCUCCGGAGCAGGGCACCUAGCUUCUAGAAGCCUCUCAGAAGCCGAUUUCAGGACGGAGCCCAUUGUGAUUUCGGAUGACAGCGAUGACGAGCCGCGCGGUCCCGGCAGAAUCCUCGGCGCUAGCCGAGCCAGCAGUCCCCGGCGGACCCGGACCCGAAGCGGACACGGGACCGGAGGAGCCGACUCCGCCUGCAGUUCGCACACUGUGGUGGAUUUCAUCGACUUAACCAAAGACACUGACCCAAUAGUGAAGGCCCACAAUGGACUCAUGGUGAUAGAUCUGACAGAGGUGGAGGAGGAGGAGGAGGAGAAGAAUCUUUCUAACUCUGCUUAUGCUUGUGAGAACAGUAUGAACCUAGAUCUGGACCCCAUCUCUUGUUCCCAAAAGAAGCCUUCCCAUUCUGUGGCAGGUGCCAACUGCCCCAUCAAAUGUGAGGUAGCACAGCAGACUGAUGAAGACUCUCAAUUCUUGGAGAAGGAAGGGUGUGACAAUCUGACUUCUGCUCAGGACGCUGAAUUUGGAGAUUGCCUCUCUCCAGUAUCCAGUGGUGAGGAACCUGUGUGUAGCUCAGAGCAGAGCUGUAGUACAACUACCUUCAACAGUGAUCUGGGCUCUUUGGCAAGUUUACAGAUCUCCACAGAUAUUUUCUCACUGUCUCCAAACAGCAGCAGCAGUGACAGCAGUAGCCAAAAUGCAUCAGUGCCCUGUUUUCUGGAAGGCUUUCCUGAUCCAUGCCCUAGUGACUGGCAGAAUAAGAAUAACUCUGCUGAUAACUCAAGUCUGCUCCAGGAAGACUUCUCGCUCCUUUCACAUUGUUCCUCCACGGAGCAGGUUCCCUGGGUUUCUGCCCUGGAGACUGACAAGGCAGAGAAGCUCAUGCCAGUAGUUGCCAACUCAGGGCCUGUGGCAAUGACGUCAGCAGUGGUGGACUCACCCAGGAAACCCUGUCUUCACAGGUUAAGAUAUUUCCUUAGACCUCCAGUGCAUCACUUCUUCUUCCAGGCACUAGUACAGGACAAAGAAGUCACAGAGAACAAGGAACAAAAGAAAGAACCCAUUCCCCAACGAAGACUGCGAAUGGUAUUCAGCACCAUUGAAGAGAACGUCCCACAAGAGACUUUGCAAUUCCUCAUGGAUUUUGUGUCCCCCCAACAUUAUCCACCCAAGGAGAUUGUAUCCCAUGUCAUCAAGAAUAUCCUACUAGGUUCUGGAAGUAUGGCUAUUGUGAAAGAGGCCUACAUGCUUCUAAUGAAAAUUCAACAGCUACAUCCAGCCAAUGUUGCCUCUGUGCAGUGGGACUGGAAGCUACUCACUUACGUGAUGGAAAAACAGGAAGAAGAGCUGCCUGGCCGAAUAUUCUUUUUACGCUAUGUAGUGCAGACCCUGGAAGAUGAUUUUCAGCAGGUCCUGAGGCAUCAGCGGCAUCACCUGCAACGAUCCAUUGCAUGUACUAUGCUUUCCUGUGAUAAGCAGCCCCAUAACAUCAGGGACAUCAUCCAGUGGCUGGUUGGAGCUGUGACUUCGGAUGGAUUAGAUCACAAUGAAGGCCAUCAACAAACCUUUUUAGGAAGCCAAUUGGUAAUUCUACAUCUCCAGAGGAUGCUAUCUCUGGCUGUUGAGGUAGACAGGACCCCAACCUGCAGCUCAAAUAAAAUUGCAGAGAUGAUGUUCGGAUUCGUGCUGAACAUUCCUGAAAGGUAUCAGAGGGAAAUCUUCUUUACAACAAUGGAGAGUCACCUCUUGCGCUGCAAAGUACUCGAGGUUCUAUUCCUCCACAGCUGUGAAAAGCCUACAUCCCUACCACUCUCUCUUGCCCAGACCCUCUAUUUCCUCAACCAUUCAACAUCACUGCUCAGGAAUCAGUCUGAUAAAAGCCAGUGGCAGAGUUGGGAUGAGCUGGUUGAACAUCUACAAUUUCUCUUAUCUAGUUACCAGCACGUGAUAACAGAGCACUUGAGGACUUCAGUCAUUGAAAGGAAGGAUCUGCUUAUCAAAAAAAUUAGGCCUCAUCUACAGGAAGGGGAUGAUAUCACUUCAGUGGAUGUGGAAAUGGAGUUUACAGCUUUCCGAAUCCGACUAGCCCGAGAGCUUGGGGAGCCUCUAGUACCCCAGCUCCAGGAGAAAGUGUUCCUGCUCAAACUACUCCUUCUCUGUGCAACCAGCAGUAACUUUGUGCCAGAAAACAGGGUCCAGUAAGACGAUGGCUGAGAACUCUCACCUUCCCAAGUCAACGUGACUAGUUACCUUAGUGGCUUUUAAAGGAAAAGCAGUUAGGUUACCGCAACCUAUCCUGUUCAGUUUUGUAACAAAUUACAUCUAUUUUAUAAUUAUU